AUGAAACAAAUUGAAGUUUUUGGUCAUGACGAGUUAAAUAAAAAAAUAUCAGAAUUACCCAAAGAUGAGAUAAUAAUUAUUUAUUUUGUUGGAACAAAAUUAGAAGAAACUGGAAAAUCGUGGUGUUCUGAUUGUGUUAAAGCAGAACCUUCAAUUGAAGAAACUUUGCUGGAAUUGAAAGCUUUGAAUGUCAUUUUUUUGGUCUGUAAUGUUGGAAAUAAGGAAGAAUGGAAUAAUCCAAAUAAUCCAAUAAAAAUGGAUGAUAAAUUUGGAGUUAAAUUUAUUCCAACAAUGGUUGUUUUUAAUGUAGAAAAGGGUUGUGUUGGAAAAGAAAAAUUGGAGAAGGACGAGGAUUUUAUGGACAGUGGAAAUAUUGUCUCAUUUAUUGUUUCUUCAACACAUUAA